AUGACAGACGGUCCUACCCCUGCGAGCCAUGGGGGAGACGGACGACCGGUGAAGCGUACACCGACCAGUAACCCCUCGUCGACCCUGCCGCUGCUUUACGAUCUCGACCCAAAUCCCGGUAGGAGAGUUCACCAAGGACAUUCCGCCCGCGCCUAUAGGGGAAUUUACGAAACCACGCAAAUCGUCGGCACCGAUGAGGCCGGACCGUCGUCGGUGCCGGACGGAGCGGGCGACCAGGAUGAGGAAUGUGACGACGCGUCAUCGUCCAGCAACGAUGACGACGAAGAAGACCCACGGCCUCGACGUGGCGCAGGUCCGCGUACGUUGGAAGAGAAGCUCAGGGGGGAACGUGCGUUCAUAGAGGAUCUGUUGAACGAGGACGAGCUUGAGGACCUGUUAAACACGGCGGUGCCACGAGAACAGUGGAAGGCGGCCGACUUCGUCGAGGAAGAUAUGGUCUACGCGUGUGUCGACGUACUCGUGAUGGAAGCAAUGCGCCACCUAAAAACCCUGGAGGCUAAGAGCACGCUCAAGCUGUACACCUCUUGGAUUUACCACUACAAGAGGUGGGCGGCGAAGAUGCUGAAAGGAAUACGCGACAAGCUUCCGGGUGAGGAAAGAACGAGGCACGUCGACGAAAUCGGGCACUGGAUCCACUACAACAAGAGCAAGGAUUGGGACAACGAGAAGGUGGUCCGGCGUAAGUACAUCUGGCUGCACGGCCCGCGUGUCACUGAAACGCGACUGCGCGCCUACAUCAAGUACAAGAUCGACGUCGAGUCGAACGCAUCGGUGAAAGCGAACACGGUGCACAUGAUCCUCGGCCGCAUCAAGGCCUGCCAGAUGGCGGCGAGGGUGGAGGCGACGCUCUACAAGGAGAAGGAGUUGGGCAUCAUGCGGGAAAUCACGGUGGUACGGUCGGAGGUGCGGGUCAUGGUCCGCACCAAAAAUCAGAGUGACGUCAGGAAUUGCGCAGACCGUCGGCGCGACACCAUCGGCGACACAUACACCGCCGAACAGUUCCGCCAGAUCAUGAUGAGGGUGCUGCCUACCUGGGCGGCGUCGGCGUGGAGCCCGCGGGCAACCACUCCUUCGCAGACGCUGUGGAGGUUUCUUCUCGUCAGGGUGCUCACGCUACUCUCCCACCACAGUCACCUACGUGGGGCCAGCAUCCGCGAGAUCACACUCCCAGACAUCUUCUUGUACCGACUUGCUAGCACCUCGUCGGUGAACCCGGAAAACCAGCCGGUCGUCAUGGUGAUCGCCGCGCGGAACUCGAAGACAUCCAAGGAUGUGCUUAUUCAGCAGAGCUACGCGGCGUGGCACCUCGAAGCGGAGUUGUGCGCCGUCGGCGAGACCGGCCUGUGGCUGCACUUCAUCCUCGACCGGAUCGGCCAGUUUCAUGGCGUCGACCUCAUUCCGCCGGUGGACACCAGCACGCGCGAGCGCUGGUACAAGAAGCACAUGUUCUUCGCCCGCAACGACGAGGAGCAAAAUGAACUCCCUGCUGCCAGCCACCAGCAAUGGACGAGGCAGAUGUGGAAGACGAAUGGGGUGUUCUGCAAGCGGAACGUCCACGCCGCUCGAGCAAGCAGGGCGCAGGAGCUGGCCAUCGACGGUACGUAUCGCGCCGAGAUAGCCGAGCUGGGCCACUGGGCGAUCGACAAGAUGACUCGAGCUUACAUCACAGCCAUUCCCGUCGGCGUGGUGAUGAAGAAGGCCGGCUAUUCGGGUGCCAAACAAGACUACUUCUUGGGUUGCAGUAGGGUGCCACCCUCCGACGAACUCCUUGAGCUCAUCGCCGAGCACAUCUUCCCUGGCGUUGACGACCUGCUUAAGAAGAUGUUGCGCCGCAUCGUCGCCGAAGACGUCACUGUGAAACUCGUCCGCACCCCUUGGCAUCCGUACGUCCAAUAUUCCAAGCUCUGCAGGAUUCCCCUCUUCCAGCACUGGGCGAAGAGGGUCGAGAAGGUCGACACCGAGACGAUAAAAAAGCGCCGAGACCCGACCCUCAUUCAGCCUGAGGAGAUAUCUGUCCGCAUGGACGCCGAACAUGCGGUCAUGUCGCUCACCGAGACCCUGAAGUACGAGAGGGAACGGUCAGCGGUCCAGAAGAUUGACCUCGAAGAGGAUAUCGAGAAGCGCGAUGCCACCAUCGCGGCGCUGACGGCCGAGAUAACCCGUCUCACCGAGGCACUCCGCGUCUCAGAAGCAAGGAGGAUCCCAGAGGCGCUGCCAUCUGCGAACGAGCAGUCGCCAUCCGCGGACUCGGCAAGUUCGGGUGCCGGAGCCAAGAAACCCCCGAAACCCCCACAGACGGUCGAAGAGGCUAGUUACGAGCUCAACGUGGUGCAGCCUUGGCGGGAUGCAACGACCGUGAGGGACGCGUGGCGCCUCUGGACCUCCUGCACCAGCGCAGAGGACAUACGUCGUCUGUGCGACAGCCGGGUAAGGGCGUCAAGGGAAGUUUCCAAGCUUCGUGUCGCCUGUGCGUUCGUGGCUCGCGGGCUGAAGCCGGAAAAGUGGGUCGCCGAGCUGUUCCCGGACACCUGGAAGGAGCAGAUGAAGAUGACGUUGGCCGACAUGGCCUGGGAGGACGCUGUGCAGCUGCCUCCGACCAAGACGUCGACCAAGCGGAAGAAGACUGUGUAA